AAAUUUGGUAUCUCUUCUCAAGUGGGUGUUUAUGUGUGUCGUGUUAUCCGGCAACCCUCGGACAGCCCCAGCCGGUGGAUCGUCGCCUCCUCUGAGCUGAACCUCCGCAGAAGGUCUUUCUGUGGUAGCCGGUUAGCGUCAUGGCGAACGUUGCGGAUACCAAGCUAUACGACAUCCUCGGAGUUUCUCCAUCUGCCUCUGAAAAUGAACUUAAAAAGGCGUACCGCAAAUUGGCCAAAGAGUACCAUCCUGACAAGAACCCCGAUGCUGGAGACAAGUUUAAGGAGAUAAGUUUUGCAUAUGAGGUACUGACAAACCCAGAAAAGAAGGAACUUUAUGAUCGCUAUGGAGAACAGGGUCUGCGAGAGGGAGGAGGUGGAGGGCCUGGCAUGGACGAUAUCUUUUCUCACAUUUUUGGUGGAGGACUAUUUGGUUUUAUGGGUGGACAGGGCAGAGGACGCAAUGGAGGCAGGAGGAGAGGGGAAGAUAUGGUACAUCCUCUGAAAGUUUCUCUUGAAGACCUUUAUAAUGGGAAAACAACCAAACUGCAGCUCAGUAAGAAUGUGCUGUGUAGUGCUUGCAAUGGUCAGGGUGGUAAAACAGGAGCUGUGCAAAAGUGUGUGACAUGCAGAGGACGAGGUAUGAGAAUCAUGAUUAGACAGCUGGCCCCUGGGAUGGUUCAACAGAUGCAGUCAGUCUGUACAGACUGCAACGGAGAGGGUGAAGUGAUAAAUGAGAAGGAUCGCUGCAAAAAGUGUGAGGGUCAUAAGGUGAGCAAGGAAACUAAGCUUCUGGAAGUCCAUGUAGACAAAGGCAUGAAACAUGGACAAAAGAUCACGUUUUCUGGGGAAGCUGACCAAGCACCGGGCGUAGAACCGGGAGACAUAGUCCUGGUGCUUCAAGAGAAAGAGCACGAGGAAUUCCGGCGUGAUGGCAGUGACCUUCACAUGGUCCAACGUAUUGGCCUGGUGGAAGCUCUGUGUGGGUUUCAGAUUACUAUCACUCACCUAGAUGGUCGCCAGCUGCUUGUCAAAUACCCACCUGGCAAGGUUAUUGAGCCAGGCUGCAUUCGAAUGGUGAAGGGGGAGGGCAUGCCUCAAUACAGAAACCCAUUUGAGAAAGGAGACCUCUACAUCAAGUUUGAUGUCCAGUUCCCUGAAAACAACUGGAUUAGCCCUGAAAAACUGAAUGAUCUCGAGUGCUUGCUGCCUGCUCGUGGUGAGAAUCCAGUUAUCACAGCUGAUGCAGAGGAAGUUGACCUGACAGAUUUUGACAAGAGUCAAGGCACAGGAGGUGGAGCCAGACGAGAGGCCUACAACGAUAGUUCUGAUGAAGAAGGGGGCCAUCACGGCCCGGGGGUGCAGUGUGCCCACCAAUAGACUCGAGCAUAAAGACAUGCAUACACAAGCAUAAAACAUCCCUUGAGUGUCAUUGCUAAUACCAUUCAAGACUUAAUGCACAUACACGCACAUAUCUCUUCUUUUGUGAUUCCAUAAAACAAGAGAUAUACAUACAUAUAAACUUAUAUCCACCCAGCACAGUUUCAGUGUGCCCAUAAGUCAGUUUUAUGCUGGAUGAUUGAUGACCAUUUUUAUGUCUUUGGGCGAUAGUGUUCAUUAAAACCUCCAGCAAGAAAGUAGCUUCAUUCUCAGAGGUUAACUGACUAACCUAGAUCUGGAACUUCCUGUUUCCAUCCUAGGCUUUUACCUGUCACUGUGGGGAAACACCAGUCUAGUGUAAAAAUGCAAAUAUUGUUGACUUGUAUGAGGUGUAGUUUAGUCUCGCACAAAGCGCAUGCUGCUUCUUGCCGAAGAUCUAACACUUGUAGAUCUAGGGUCUGGACACAUCCAACAAAUCUGAUGCCACUUGUUUAAAUUUCAUAAUGUCAAUGCUAUCAAAGUGCCGUGCUGUCAUAAAAGCUGACCUGAUUGCAGCCCUGAAAGACUGUUCUCUGCACAACCUGCUGAGACCUGCACAUGUUUAAUCCACCUCGUCCUCUAUGAUCGACUGUCAUAUUUUAAAAAUGAGCCUGCUGGUUUUGUUUAGUGCUCUGCUGUCACAUUGCUAGAAUAUUAAAGCCCUGAGUAUAACACCAUGUUUUUUUGUUUGGAAAUGUUUGUUGGUUAAAUCGUUAGUAUGUUCAAGAGCACAGAACUUGAACUUGUGUUUUCAUUUAGUUCACACAUUCGUGUUCUUUCUGUGUGUAUGUGUGCAAUGCAGUGGCCCUGUGUGCGAGCUGCUGUGGAAUGUUCUGGCUUAUUGGUGUGACAGGUAUCCCUGCUUUGUGUUGGAGUGCAGUGCAAGUGGACACUAUAUAAGGUCAACUAAAGGGGGAAAAAAACUGAAUGUUGCUGAGAAUCUCUUCUAGGCACACUAUUUCUCCUUUAUUCACCAGAACUGGAGGGUCCUUUUCUCUUGCAGGAAACCAGUGGACCUGCUGUAUUAUACAUCUGUUCCCAUUGUAGAGUUGUUAGCCAAACCUAUGUUACAAAAUACCCAUCCCUCAUACACCUGUAAAUAAACGCAGCCCCCAGUCCACAGGUGCAUGCAGAGUCUACAGCAGUGUUCUCCUGUUGUCAUGUUUCUUACACAAGUGAAUAAUGGCUGUUGGUGCCAAUAUAUUAAUGUUACUACACAGGAGAGUCAAUGGAACCUCUGUAGACUGCUAACAUGCGACCUUGUGACUUGAUAUGUAUGUAAUUUAGACCGCGGGAUAAUGUGUACACAAGUUAAAGGGGUCAUUGAUAAAUGACAUUACUGUUGAUGCUUCUGUUUGUCAAGAUGAUAAUUAAACUGUAUAAUAAACAGUCACUACGA